GAAAACGGACCUGGAAGUCUUUGUCUCCGGUGUGUAGCUGCUAUCACCUGGAGGGGAUUGAACACCUGAGGCUCUAUUUUUUUAAUCUGAGGGCUAAGGGACGGGCAGUUCCGGCCUUUUCCAGUCUUGGCUAGAGUUGCUUGUAUUUUGUUCUUAGCCACUGCUCGUGUAAUGCACUCCCUUAACCAGGAAAUUAAAGCGUUCUCCCGGAAUAAUCUCAGGAAGCAAUGCACCAGGGUGACAACGCUAACUGGAAAGAAAAUUAUAGAAACAUGGAAAGAUGCCAGAAUUCAUGUUGUGGAAGAAGUAGAGCCGAGCAGUGGGGGUAGUUGUGGUUAUGUGCAGGACCUUAGCUUGGACCUGCAUGUUGGUGUUAUUAAGCCAUGGUUGCUCCUGGGGUCACAAGAUGCUGCUCAUGAUCUGGAUACUCUGAAAAAGUACAAGGUGACUCAUAUUCUCAAUGUUGCAUAUGGAGUUGAAAAUGCUUUCCUCAGUGACUUUAUAUAUAAGAGCAUUUCUAUAUUGGAUCUGCCUGAAACCAAUAUCCUGUCUUAUUUUCCAGAAUGUUUUGAAUUUAUUGAACAAGCAAAAAUGAAGGAUGGAGUGGUUCUUGUUCAUUGUAAUGCAGGAGUUUCCAGGGCUGCUGCAGUUGUAGUAGGUUUCCUGAUGAAUUCUGAAGAAAUCUCAUUUACCAGUGCUUUCUCUUUGGUGAAAAAUGCAAGGCCUUCCAUAUGUCCAAAUGCUGGCUUCAUGGAGCAGCUUCGUACAUACCAAGAGGGCAAAGAAAGCAAUAAGUGUGACAACAUAUAGGAAUUAGAAAGGGGUGACAGCUCAUGAGUUACAUUCCAGCAGAUAAAGAACAACUGUAAUUUCUGAAUUGGCCCCUAUAGCCACCCGUCCCCUUUUUUGAAGAGUAGACUAGUAAAAACUUCCUUUUGUCUUGUGUUUUUCAAGUGGAAAUGGAGGUUAA